AUGAGUUUCAAAAGAGCUCGUACGCUGGAGAUUGCUGGCGGUGCCUUCACAGUGGACCCUGAAGCUGAAGCAGAAGAUGCUGAAGUGCUCUGUGCGAAUGGACAGAAGUUUCGAAAACUCUUGCUUGAACGCUUUUCCUCCGGAUCUAUGACUGCUGCUGACACGUGUGUGUUGGCAUACCUUCACACCGAAUCUGGCGGCCGUGGAACUGAAGAUCUGGGGCUGGACCCGGAAACAGCGACCAAGCAUGGAGCAGAGCAUCUUCGGUUCCCGUGCCACCUGGGGAAGCACUACGACAAGCCCUAUGUGGAGUACGUUGCCGUGCCUAUGGUUCGCAAGCGGUCCCUUGGGCGAGCCUCGGUGCAGCAUCCUACUAGGGUUACUUCGGACUUGCUUCGCAAAGAGCUUUUAGCUUUGGGGCUUUUGGGCGAGGGUACAAAGCCCGAUGCUAAGCUUGUUGCAAAAAACCUGGAAGCCGACAGUGAGUACUUGGCUCUUUACGAGGGCCAUCCUGUUGCUCAGAAGGCUUUCGCUGAAGGCUUUCGUCGGGAGCACGUCGUGCCCGUGUCUGUUUACUUUGAUGGGGUGCAAUACACGAAGAACGAAAAUUUUUUGGGACUGUCGGAGCUUUGCUCCUGUGGCUGCAGGGGGUGGUGCUCGGUUUUUCCGCUGCUAGAGAGCUUUCGCCGAGAUAUGUGCUUCGAUCACCAGGACCUCCGUGCUUGCAUCAUAGAUUACAAGGCGGAUUGGCCAGCAUACAUCGAAUUGUGCGGGUUCCGCACCUGGUCGCACAACUUGCACCCCUGUCCGAUUUGUACCGUGCACAAGAAGGACCUUUUGUCCGUCGGGACAAUGACACUACACAACUGCCCGCACAAGCUCUUCAAUAAGACGUCCUACGAUCAGCUCGUCGCUUCCAGCUUUCGGGGCUGGCGGCUCGAUCCGAGCCCAGGACUCGAGGAUGUCUGCGACUUCGCGAAGAAGCAGUGCCCCUUCAAAUGCGUUUUCUUUAUCGGGGGGAAGGAUGCACGAAUUUUGCAUGUCUCCCCGUUCCUCCAAAUUCCAGGAGUAUCGGUGGAGACGUGGUGUGUGGACAUCUUGCACACUUGGCACUAUGGCCCGAUGUCGACAUUCAUCGCUUACAGCCUUCGGCUUCUUCUGACGACGAUGAUCUACAGACCGGCGAUUCCGGAUUUGGAGAAGGUUGAAGCAGACAGGCUGGCUCUGCUAUGUCUCCGGGCCGAGCUGUGGACCUACUACAAACGCCUCCGCGAAUCAGACUCAGACGGCAGCUGGAAAGCAAAGGGGUCCGAGGCUCCGGCUCCGAGUUUAAUAAAGGCCAAAAUUCCAACCUUCUUUUCCUUUGAUCGAUGCAUGCCAUCUUGCAGGUGUGGAACCUCACUCUAUCAAUGGUGGCUGGCAAAUAUCUGA